UUGGAGCCCAGGGUGGGGGGUGGGAGCAGCGUGAGGCUUCUCCAUGAGUGUUGCUUGCUCACAGUUGUACUAGCAGAAGGGUGCUUGGCACAUAGUAGGCCUCAAUAAAUAUCUGAGGGAGGUCAGGAGGCGAGACAGAAGAGAGGGAGGGAAAGGAUCUGAGUCGGGAAGUCUGAGUGCCCCCCCUCAGCUAUCAGGGAGGAUGAGGGCGGCUGAUUGCCUUUAGGCCCCAGCCCCCAGAUUGAGCAGGUUGGGGAGCAGGGGUUUGGGGAGAGGGGCUUUAGCUAGAAGAGAAGGGGAACCGCAGGGAAGAGAUCUGUUCUGGGCCUGAAUGGAGGGAGGAGCUGGCAACUCUCCUUGGGCAGAGCCCUUUGCGUCCUGUCCCCACCACCUGCUUGUCUGUGAUCAGCAACCUCUCUCUGGGGCAUCUGAUCCCAGGCAGCGAGCGCUCAUAGCGCCUCUCCUCUCUCCAGGAUCUUCAAGCUCGAAAGGUGCUGAAGAACUGAGCCCCCUGCCCACUGAGGCCACCACCCAAGGCCGGGUGGGGCCAUGGCAGGGCAUGGCUGUCUGGGGCUGUUCUGCUGGGUCCUGCUUGCUGUUCCUGUGGGCCCCCAGCCUGUCUCCUCCAUCUCGGGUGUCCCUCUCACCACUUUGACCCCACCACCUCAGAGUGAGGCCUCUAUGCUGUCUCUCAACCUGGGACUUAACUUCAAAUUCCACCUUCGGGGACCUGCUGCUGCCUGGGGGAUCUCUGUCACAGAGACCCAGCCGCUCUCUCCUGGGCCCAGCCGGGAGCCAGAGGAAGAGGUGGCCAGGGGGCUGAGGACCGACCCCAUUUGGGAACUGCUGGUGGGCUCCCUUGGGAACUCCCCCCCGGAGUGGGGCUCUGCUGAAGGCAGCUCUACGCCCUGGGCCUCCUCCCAGUCUCCAGAGUCCACAUUCCCCCUCUCUGGGCCCACUGACCGGCCCACUGCUCCCUAUCAGCCCGGGAUGGGCACUGUCACCUGGGACACUGCUCUGACAGCUACGGCACCUCCAUCCAGUCCUCCCAGGCUCCGCCAGAGCGAGCUGGAGCUGAAGUUUGACAUGGCACUGAGAGCAGGCGCAGCCCCCACGCUCGGGCAUCGAACGCUGCCCCUGCUGCCCAGCCUGCGGGCCAGCCUGGCAGAGAUUGCUGGGCGCCUGGGACCCUUUGGGUUCUUCGGCACUACUCUGUCCCCGCUGCGGAACUUCUCAGGCCCAAGCCCUCUAGGCCCCACUCGAUCCCCAAGCUCUGCCUCUAGAGUUUCCGAUUCUCCAGGGUUCUUUGGCACCACUGUGUCCCCACCCCCCACCCCCCUGGAGAGAAAGCUCCCAAGCUCAGGCCCUUUGGACCCAGCUGCUUCCCUAAGGUCUGUCACGGUUGCAACAGCAUCACUAGACCCCACCAGGCCCACCUCUGGCCCGGAUGACCCCUCUCCUGCCAGCCUUGGGAAGCCUUCCGUGCAGCCAGAGUGUGGGCCAGGGCCCUGCAGCGUGGGAGAAUUGCCUGAACGCGAGGGGCAGCCUCCUGUGGCCCCGAGGGCCCUCUUCUUCCUGACCCUGGAGGCCGACUGGGCAGAGGCCAGAGCUCGCUGGGGGCUGGCCUGGGAGGCCCACGUGUACGGGGUAGGCACGCUCUUCGGCCUAGUGGCCCUGCUGGCGCUGCUGGCCCUAGCCCUUUUGCCCUGGCGCUGCCCGCCAGGCGCCCCCUGCCUGGCGCUGCUGGACCUGCUCCUGCUGUCGGCCGGGACCACGCGGGCCUUCCCGCUCUUCUACGACGCCUAUGGGCACCGCGACCGGCUGCCCCCGCUCGCCUGGCUGCUGCUGCAGGACCUUCCGCUGCCCUGCCUGGCCGCCGGCCUGGGCCUGGCCUGCCUGCUGCUGGCCCGGCCGCGCCCGCCGCGGUGUCCCGCCGGGCUGGCCGCGCUCCUGCUCCUGGGGCUGGGGCUGGCGGCCGCCGCCGCCCUCGGGAGCGCGGCCCACCGCCCGCUGCGGCCCCUGCGGCUCGCCUCCCGCGGACUGCACGCCUUCCUCGCCGCCCUCCUUUCUGGGCUCCUGCUGGCGCUCUCCUGCUGGGGGGGAAGGCGGCGGCGGGCCGGAGCGCCCCUGGGAGGGUCUGGUUUCAAGGGCGCCACCCCUCUGCCGCAGGCGCGCAGCCCCUUCGCCCCGCGCGAGUCCUGGCGGCGCGCGGCCCGCACAGCCCCGGUGGCGGGCACCUUCGGGCUGCUGAGCGGAGCCCUGCAGGGCUACGAAGUGCUGCACGCCCUGGGCUAUGGCGGCCAACCUGGCCUGGAGGGACCCUGGCCCUGGUGGGCCUUCCAGCUAGGCCUGCGCUUGGGCGAGGUGGGCGUCGCGCUCCCGUUGGCGCUGCUGGGCCUCUACCCGGCGCUCUGCAGCCCCCGUGUGCCGCCGCGCUGCUGGGCCAAGCUCUUCCGCCUGUCCCCGGGCCACGCGGCCCCACUGCUGCCCGGGGGCUGGGUCACCGGGCCCCCCGACAAGGAGCCCCUGGGUGGCGCCAUCGCGCGUGGCGACGCGGAGCUGCUGCAGCUGUGCGCCCUGGCGGGGCCGGGCCCCGACCUCCUACUCCAGGGAGGCGGCUGCCGGGGCUUCGAAGGCGCGGCGGCCAACCCGGCCCCUUCUCCGGCCUCCUCCCCCUGCAGCGAUUACACCGUGGAUUUCCGCCCGCCCUCCCCAAUCAACCUGCGGCGCAGCAUUGAGGAGGCCCUCUGCAGCGAGGCCCUGCUCACUCCCGGCCUUUUCCAGGGCCCUGCCUACGGGGAAGCCUUGCCUGGGCUGGGCCUCUACCGCACCGCCUCGUUGGGGGCGAAGACCGGGGCCGGACCCAAGGAGAGGUCUGAGGAGGCCCUUGGCUCUCCCGCACCGCAGGAGCUCCCCUCUCCCGGGGCCUGGCCCGCGGGCAGCAGCGCCUCUUCCGGCUCACUGUGCGGACUUUCGAGGGACAGCUCGUCCAUGCUGCUAUGCUCCAGCCCCGACAGGCCUCCACGCUGUCCGCUGGUCUGCGUCCUCAGUCCCCCGCGGCCCUCGGGAAGCAGCCCUAGCCUCCCGGGCUCAGGCUCUUACCAGGCCCUGUCCCCACCCUCCCGCGACUCCCCAGAGCCUACUCUUGAGCUGCAGGCCGCAGAAGCUUUGCUGCAGGAGCAAUUCCUGGACGCCUGCCGACAGAUCGACGAGCUGAGCGUGGGCAGCGACACCAUAGACCUGUGAAGAGGCGCCCCCCCUAGGUGCACCAGCCUACGCCCCCUCCUGGCGCCUGCUCUGCCCGAGACCUGCACACUGUAACCCUUCCUCAAUCCUGCCUGGCUCAGAUACCUCUCCCCGCUUCCUUCUCCAUCCAGGGGUCCCUGGGUGGGUGGGUCAGCAGCCAGGCUCUGUUGAUUGGGAAUUAGUGCCACCUCCUCUGGAGCCCUGGGCUCUGAUGCCCUCUGCUGCAAUUCUAGGCUGGCAGGGGUCCCACUUUCCUUGGCAUUCACCAGCAAUAAAGCCCCAAGGUGCUCCACUCCUGACCACCACUCCCCACUCUGGUGCUGAGUGAGAGGGGCUGUCCUCAGAGGACCUCGAGACCGGCUUCAGUCCCCAAACCCACCUCUGCCAUACCCAGGAAUCCCAUUCCUGUAUGAGUGAGCCUCCCUGUCCUCCAUGCGAUCCUUCCCCAUAGAAGGGUCCAUAGCUCAUCUAGGAGACUCUACAGCAGUUGGGUGGGAGGUGAACGCUUUCAGAGUUAAUUUAUCAAUAAAAUAUUUUCAGAGAAA